CAGUAAUAAUGCACUAAUACGCAUUCAUUAGAAUUUUUUUAACAAAACAAACCAGGCAGCUUCGCACCAACCGGCAAGGCAGGCCGCAGGCUCUAUGCAAGGAAGCAGGUCAAGCCCGGCGGCUCUAAGCUGGUAAGCAGGCCGCAGUGUCGCAGGCUAUUGCCGCUGGAGGAGGAUGAAGCAAUCGGUACUUCCACAGUUCCAUCUUCCGCAGCAGGCCAUCGUAAAAAAAUCGAAUUUCUGGACACUUGAACUAGGCUUAGGCUUUGGAUAACAGGAUUUCAGAGGCAGCCUGUUGGUUAUCUGUCAUCCUACCAACGAUAAUCAGGGCCGGCCUAGGUCUCUAUCUGUUUGAAGGAUUCAGGAGCGUAGAGUAACAAAUUUUGAUAUUGAUUAUAAGGUGUUCAGUGAAAUUCCUCAAUGGGCUGUGGUAUUUUCAAGUGAUCGGCCUUAUUGGUUUUGCUCUGAGCAUCCUCAAACUUAUGCCUCACCGGAUUGGUCUUCUUGGUGAACUCCGUUCAUCACUCUUUAGAGAAUGUCGGCGAUUAAUGACCACCAGCAAAAGAGUACAAGAUCGGAGCAAAAAGAAGCGUGUCCAUGACCUUGAGAUUGUUGUGGAGAAACAAAAAAUCCUCUCCAAGAUCCUCUUCAUACUCGAAACUCUCAAGCAAGAAUCGGAGCAAAUCAUCACUGUACGUUCCCUCGAUCAAUACCGACGGCAAAUCAACCUCCCAAGGCCUCACAAGUUCUCUGAUUUCCUCCGGAAAUCUCCCAAGAUUUUUGAACUCUAUAAUGACCAAAGGGGAGUUUUAUGGUGUGGGAUGACAAAAGAAGCUGAAAAUCUAAUGCAAGAAGAAGAUGACCUGAUAGAGAAAAACAGUGACAAAUCUGCAGAGUUUUUGACUCGAAUGUUAAUGAUGUCUGUCGAUAAACGCAUUAGCCUGGAUAAGAUUGCUCAUUUCAGGAGGGAUAUGGGUUUGCCUUUGGAUUUCAGAAACCAUUGGGUGCACAAAUAUCCGGAACAUUUCCGAGUGGUGAAACCCUUCGUGCCUUAUGAUGAGGGCGAGUAUCUAGAACUAGUGACUUGGAAUUCCAGCUGGGCAAUUACCGAGCUGGAAAAGAAAGCUUUGGGUGUUAGCAAAGCUCCGGAAGGUUCUUUUCCAGGUGUUCUUUCUUUGUCUUUCCCAAUGAAGUUCCCGCCAAACUAUAAGAAGAAGAUUUCCACGUGCAAACCUCAGAUUGAGAAGUUUCAGAACAGGGAGUAUUUGUCCCCUUACGGAGAUGCCAGUGGGUUAAAGGCCGGUUCGCUGGAGUUUGAUAAGAGGGCAGUGGCAGUAAUGCAUGAGUUGCUAAGCUUUAUGAUUGAGAAGCGGCUUGUGACAGACCAUUUGACUCACUUCAGGAGGGAGUUUGUGAUGCCUCAGAAGUUAAUGAGACUAUUGCUAAAGCAUUUCGGCAUCUUUUACGUCUCGGAGAGAGGUAGGAGAUUUGUUGUCUUCUUGAACGAAUUCUAUGAAAAUUCGGAGCUAGUCGAGAGACAUCCUCUGGUUGAUUGGAAAGAAAAGGUUCUUAACCUUGUUGGGUAUAGAAUUAAGAAAGAGAAAGAAGGCGUGUUGGAUGAUUUACUAGAUGAGACACGCGAUAGGGACUUAUUCGAUAGCAGUUCAGAAGAAGACUAUGGAGGUGUUCGGAUAGGACAUGAUGAGGAGAUGAGUGGUCUGGGCAGGGAUAUAAUUGGAAGUGAUCCUGAAAUGGAGAUUGAGGACAUCUAUGAUGCAUAUAAUGCAUCCGAGUGAAACCUCCUGUUGCCUUGCCUCCUAAUAAGAACUAGGACAUAAUGCAUUCACCUAUGAAAAGCGGAAACUGGGAAAGAAUAUGUUUCUGUUUUGGAAACUCUACUGAAACUAUUUGGAAACUGGGAAAGAAUAUGUUUCUGUUUCGGUGCAACAUAGACAUUCACAGCUGGAACUAAAUCAUCAUCCAACACUCAGAAACAGCAUAUGUAGAUGUCAAAUAAAAGGCUUAACCCAUCAAGCGAUCGUGUUGUUCUUUCUCUGUCUCUUUUUUUUUUGCAUUCACAGGCUUGUAAGUUGUAAAGAUUUGAUGCGAAAUGGUCAAGGUUUUAGGCUCUCACAGAUACUCUGAUAAAAGAUUAGAUGCUAGAUAUGAUUUGAGAGAUGGGCAUAUUUUAUGACCAGUUCUGAAAUUCAUUAGACGUGCUCUUAUUAUUUAAAGAAUCUAUGUUUAUUUGUUUUU